CACGCGAGUAACGGACUCAGGGGAAGGUUCAGUGGCUGUCAUGGUCUCUGUAAUUUUCCUUUCUUUGGUAUCUCAAUGUCAUGUAUCUAAAAAUCCAGCACACACAGAGAGAUACUUGGAAUUAAAUAAAAGGGGAGUGGGCACUUUUUCUUCUUUGUAGUGUGAGAGAGAGCGCACACAUCUCAAGCAGAGCACACUCACUGAUCUCUGUCACUGUGUAUAUAUUAUAUAUAUUUUGUUUGUUUGGAUAGCAGUGUGUGGAGAAUUCUAAGAGAAUAGGUGGCUAAGGCUUUCUGAUAAUAAAGCGUUAGGAGGAGAAAGGGAGUGCUUUUGAUUUCUGAGUUUGCAUUUUUUUUUGUUGUAGAGAUGGAUUACAGCAAUGACUGUGGCAAUGGAGAACAUUGGGAUUGGCAAGGGGAGGACUAUUGUCUUCAAAAGGACUCCAAUUAUGCAGAUGUAUCUCAAUGUUUAUGGAAUGAAGUGACUCUGAAUGAGGAAGAUCUCUCUUACAUGUUAGAUGAAACGACCCCAGUUAAGGCUUGUGGGGAUUUGGCCUACCAUGUUAAUCAUAACGAUAACAUGCAGAAGGAACCAGAAGAACAGAAAGAAACUUCUUCACAAUUAAAGAGGCGCAGGAUGUUACAGUUUGAUACUCAAGCUGUAGAUUCCCCCUUUUGCAAUGAAGAGAUGCCGUCUUUGUUUCUAUCAAAUCAGAGGGAGGACUCACUUGAUGAAGUUUUACCUCAAGCAUCAGAGUGGGCUCCUGGGUUUUCAGAUGUGUCUGCCUCCAGUUAUGAGGUUCUGGAUCAGUCAUCUGAGGGGUGGUUGGCUGAAUGCCUUAAUGACACUGACAUGCAGUUUAGUCCCAAUGAUAUGAAUUUUGCUGGAGCAUCUGAUGUUCAAAUUGAUAUUUCAGAGUUCUGCAAUAGUCCACUCGGAAGUGAAGCUAAUAUGGUUCAAAAGCAUGUUGCCCGGACUCCUCAAAAUGUAGUUUUUAAAGGUAAGAAGUCUUUUAUACGAACGCCCACUAAGUUAGCUUCAUCUGUUGUCUAUCCAUUUGCCUUCAUCAAACCCUGUGGGUUCCAUGGAGAUGUUACUCUGAAGGACAUAAACCAACGGAUCCGCAGUCCGCCAUCAAAUUCAAAGCAAAAUGUUGAAGAUCCUGCUACUUUCCCUACUUCAGCUUUUUCUGGGAAGCCUGUUGUUGGCAAAACUAAAAUCCGCACUGAAGGUGGAAAAGGAAGCAUCACAAUCAUGAGAACCAAAGGCUGAGUAGAUAAGUGUCAUUCCAAACUUCUGGUUUGCAGGCCCGAUAGAUUCAUCCCAUUAUGUUCUGGGGUUGAGUUAUUUUUUAAAACUUCUUUUUGCUCUGUACUAUUCUUGGGCCUUAAAGUUUAAAUAUUGAUAGUGAAAUUUUCCUAGUAGUAUUUUAGGUAUCAAGGGCUGUUGUGUCAUACAUAUUUGACUUUCGUUUAGGACUACUGAAAUCUCGAUGUCAACGAGAAUCCUGUGUAUUUUCUGUAGUCUUCAGCACUACCCUGUCAGUACUUUCACUGAAUUGAUGUGCAAAGCUUAUGUAUUUGACUAUUGUAUUUGAAAGAGUUGUAUUUAACAUAAGGUAGAAUGCACCGACUUCUUUCUUAAA